AUGGCGGACAUAAUGGACCUUGUAUCCGCCUCCGGCUACAAGUAUGAAGCCCAAUCCCCGCCAUACCAAGAGCUCCACCCACAGCUCGGCGGGUUCCACCCAGGGGAUCCAACAACUCCUACGCCGCCUACGCGCAACAGUAGUUUCCCCCCGGAAUCCUCCACGAUGGCAGAAGCUCGUGCAAGGAGUUACCAGAACAGCAAUAAUAAUAGCGACCUCCAACACAGUAAUAGUAAUGCCCAACACAACAAUGUCGAGAAUCAACCAGAAGGUAGGGAAUAUUAUUUCGGCUCCACCAGCCUUCAUGAUGACUUUUGUUGUUUUCUCGAUUUUGAACGUUCGACUGACCAGUUGGUGGAAAAGAAGAGUCCCAGCCGCCCUCACGGGCGCGGACCGCGAAUGAAACAUUCGAGGCGGAUGAUUGCGCCGUGCAACUCGUACCUCUGUCGGAUGAGCCCGUGCCUAUUGCGAAUGGGGAACAAGAGGGGGGGGGUGGGAGGGGUAAUAGUGGUGCUGGUGCCUUGGUGGUCCAGAUAGAGACAGAGCCGGUGAUCAUUGAAUCUGGAUCGGAGGGUAGGGACGGUAUUGACACUGUUCGGGAGAAAAUCAGACUUGAAGAGGGAGAGGGGGGGUUAAAUGUUUUGGGGGGCGGGAUGAGGGAGAUGGUGGAUUUGGUCAAUAGACUUAGAGCUUCCGGGAUCGAAGAUCUGGGGCUGCCGUUGCCUAGAAUCGCGGUUGUAGGCAAUCAGAGUGCCGGGAAGAGCAGUUUGAUUGAAGCUAUUAGUGGAGUAAGCUCUUGUACCCCGUGGGCCAUAGUAUAUCGCUUGAGUACCGGGCUAAAAAUUGGGUGAUUAAUUAAUAGAUUAAAGUCCCCCGAUACACAGGAACAUGCACUAGGGUAGGUGGCUCGUUCUUCCUGAUUGGGAAAGGAAGAGAAUUUUAUUGACAAAUCUCGCAGUGCCCUCUAGAAAUCAAUCUCCGCGAAUCGUCGCUCACUACCGAUCCCUGGCACUGCCGCAUCUCCCUCCGCUUCAAAAAACGAUAUGAUCCCUCCCUAACCUCCUCCAGCCACCAUCAUUUGAGUAUGAGCCGCACCCGCGGAAACCCGUGGGUCGAUCAAGCAACUGAACAAGUCCAUUUCCUGGACAUAACCAAUAAAAGCCAGGUCGAGCCAGCUCUCGUCCGCGCACAACGAGCAAUUUUAACCCCGGGUCAGAAUUGGCGUGACUUUGUUCAUGGGGAGGAGGGGAGGCCUACAGAAGGUAUCGCUCCUGAAACGGGUAAUGCAAGAAGUAGUAGCUGGUUUGGUCAUUCACAGAGAGCGGGUGGGGCGGGGUGGGGAAGUUCCGCCGAUCUUAAGGGGAAAGGCCAAGCCGUAGAAAAAAGAGGUGGCAGAGAGGAAGAUUUUGAGGUGAAAUUCAGUCCAAAUGUGGUUUGUAUGGAGGUUUGUAUCACCAACCUCUGGCCCCCGGGAAGCUUGACACCAGACAGUGGAAGUGGCGCGAAAGCUUAUCGUUGUAGAUUACGGGGCCCGAGUUACCGAAUUUGGCUUUCAUUGAUUUGCCGGGGGUUAUCCAGACAACUGAGUCUGUGAGUUGUGUUUUUCAGUUUUACCUACGAUCAGUGCUAAAUGGGGAUAUAGGAGAGCGAACAUUACCUUAUUGAACUUGUGACAGGAUUGGUGAAGGAGUAUGUUCAGGAGGAAGAUUGCCUGAUCAUGCUUGCCAUGACGAUGAAGGGUUUGAUCGGGCAUCCUAUUGACCCUGCAUUGCACUUUGCUAAUACCUUCAGAUGAUGCCGUGAACCAAUCGGCUGCACGCCUUGCUAGAGAGCUUGGGGAGGAGCGCACUAUCGGUAGCUCUUUUUCCUUAUGGUUUGUUUGACCGAUCUGAUCUAACAUUACUUUCAGGCGCUCUAACUAAACCCGACACCGUGGGGCCCGGGGAGUACGGGCAAUGGAUCAACAUCCUCCGCGGUCAUUCUCACCGCCUCAAGCAUGGCUACUUUGUGACAAAACAGCCGAACCAAGAACAGCUCGUCCAGGGGAUCACACAUGCACAAGCGAGGGAGCAGGAAGCGGCUUUCUUUGCCAGUACCGAGCCAUGGAAAACGGAGCUGACUGAUUUGAAAGAGAGAUUCGGAACAAUGGCUCUCCAGAGCUACCUGUCCAAAGAGCUUGGGGAAUUGAUCAAGAAACGGUAACUUCAGUUCAGAUUUCGGAUAUUCUGAUACUAAUUUCAUAGACUACCGGAGAUAAUCGAGUCCAUCAGAGGACAAGCAUCAGAGGUCCAAGAAGAGCUCGCUGCUCUCCCCCCUCCCCCGACUGAUAACCAAACCCUGAUUGUGCACAAUCUGGUAACCCAAUUCGAUACCUUCGUCGGCGGUCACCUCCUCGGCGGUCCUGGCCAGAACGAAUUCCAGCAGGAACUCCGCCGCCUGGCAGAAGACUUUCAACGUCGUCUGAAAGCACUCCGUCCAACACCGGUAUUGGUCCAGACAAUAGAGCAGGAGAACGAAAUCGCAGCGCAAUUAGAAACUCCCAGGAAAGGUGAAGCAGGUACGCGUGCACACCGCUGGGACCGUGAUGGCUCGCCAACACUCGCAGCAGCGGGAAGGCGAGGAAGAAAGGGGGGAGGAGCCGGGGUAGAGGUUUGUACAGUAUCCAGUGACACCGAGGGAGCGACCGGGACGGGGGGGGCAAGUUCCUCACCGUUCGGGUCCAAGAAGAGAAGAAACGGGACUGAUCCAGGGAAUUCCAUGCCGGCAAAGAAGUCCAAGCGAGCCUCCGGAACAGCGGCGGCGAACAACACCGCGAUAGAACAAAGCAAGUCCUUCCCCAUCGUGACCACAACCGCGGCCUCCUCCGGUCAAGCCCCGCUAAUGCUCUCCCAAGCCCACAGACUCACACUCCCACAAAUCAGACAUAUAAUCGAGUCAACUGCUACCGCCCGCAUACCCGGCCAGGUCGAUCCCACGGCGAUAACAAACUUGAUUCGUCAAUCCAUAAACCUCUGGAGCCCUGUGGUGCACGAAUUCCUCAAUAACUGCGGUGGGUUAAUGAAUAGGCAGGUGCACUACUGCUUCACCUUCAUCUUCAAAGAAUACCAAAAGUCACCGAUUUUCCAAGGCGUGUAUGAUAUACUUAACACCCUGGUCCAGGAAAAUUUUGACCACCAAAAGACCCUUAUUGAGCGGCUAUGGCGCUUGGAAAGGGAGCAAAUAUCGACGCUGAACGAAGACUACCAAACGUUCAUGGCAAACCACUACGAGAAGGUCUCAGACCGGCGGAAACGCAAUUUGGAAGACCAGCGUAAACUAGCCGCAGCUAACGCGGCUGCGGAAGCAGCACAAAACGAAGACAACAACCCGGCCGGUGCUCCAGGCGGCGGUGGCGGCGGCUCCACCCCAUCCCCGCGCAAAAGGCGAAACCCAACGGCAGCUCUCCCCACAGCAAUGCUAGACAACUCCCCGGACCCGUACAGGAAGGAAAUUGAAGUCCUGGCGCAAGUGAGGGCCUACAAUGAAGUUGCGCAAAAACGUUUCGUGGAUAACGUUUAUAUGAGCAUACAGGGGGAAUUAGUCAACGGCUUCCGCGGGAACGUUCUGGACGCGUUGCAGAAUGGGUUGGGACUCAAUGGGCCAGAUGGUACUUCCUCACCUUUGCCGAUUCUGACAUUUGACUGACGAGUGGUGGGGUGAAUGAUGGAUAGUAUCCGAGCUAUGCGCCCAACUCCUCGUUGAGGACCCCCUUAAGGAGCGUAGGAGGAAGGAAUUACAGAGUAAGAGGGAGCAGUUGGAUAGGGCCAUGGAGGAGUUGAGUAGGCUUUGAUUUGAGCUUAGCUCAGGAGGAUGCGAUUGGUGGGAAGAAUAUUUCUUUUUUUGUUUGUUUCAGUUUCCUCGCCCUUGCUGUCACGUUUUUGAAGAACUUGCCUGAUGUAUUUUUAUUAUACACACUUAUCUCAAUCUCCGUUCCAUGCGGUUUAAAUUCACGCGUCCAUCAAGUAAGCCACGCUUGCUGGUUAAGUUGCUAGGGUGUGAUAUAUGAAUU